AUGCAUCGCAACACUUUGGCUGUGCUUGCGAGCGCCCAGCUUGCCGCUGCUGGGCUGUACCCCAACAUGACGCCCGACAACCACACUUGCAUCUUGUCUGAUCCCGUCCUGUCCUGUUCCGAAGGCGCUGUCCCCGACAAGGUGGAUUCUUGCUGCGUCGAGACCUUUGGAGGACUGCUGCUCCAAACUCAGUUCUGGGACACCAACACUGGCCUCGAAGACCAGCAACAGCUGCUGCCUCCCUACACCUGGACCAUCCACGGUCUCUGGCCUGAUUUCUGCAACGGCAGCUACACCCAGUACUGCGAUCUCAGCCGCCAAUACGACCCCAGCCCUGCUCCCAACACCACCAACGGCAAGCCUGACGGCACCCCUGUUCCGGCGUACACGGGAAGUUCCAUCGAGGCCUGGUUCGAGCCGUACGGAAAGUUGGAUCUCCUCGCCUACAUGAAAAAGUACUGGAUCAACCAGUACGCCCCCAACUGGGAGCUCUGGGCCCACGAGUUCUCCAAGCACGCCACCUGCUUCUCGACCUUUGACAAGGAGUGCUACGGGCCAAAGGCCAACGAGCACGACGACCUCUUCCAGUUCUUCGAGACCGUCAUCUCCUACUACAAGGUCCUCCCCACCUGGGGCUGGCUGUCUGCCGCCAACAUCCGCCCUUCCAACACCACCUCCUACUCCCUCUCCGACGUCCAGACUGCCCUGACCCAUGGAUACGGCGCCGUCCCCUUCAUCGGCUGCGGCGGCCCCAAGUACAACCAGACCGAGGCCGGCAAGGGAUCUCUCGACAACGGCGGCACUCAGCUCAACGAGGUCUGGUACUACUACCACGUCUAUGGCUCUCCUCAGCGCAACCAGGGCCUGCGAGUUCCUGCCGACAUUGCCGGCGGCUCGGUGUCGUCGUGCGCAAAGCCUCCCGGUGCCAUCUGGUACUAUGAGCGUGCCGCUGGUAGCGAGACUGCUUGA